UCUACGCCAAGAGCUGUGCUGCGGCRUAUGGUUAACGGKAAACACAUACGCUUUUUGUACGCUCAAAACGGCUUACAGGAAAAACGCGUUAACAGCGCAAAACAACACAUUUGUAGCACCCGGUGGUAGAGUGCAUAUUGUGUGUGUUACUCAUACGCCCCGUCAACUCGUUAAAUGCUCGCAGUCAAUUAGACAGUCGCYGCGCGGUUUCGGUCAAGGUCAACUGUGUUCACUUGCAUUUCGUGUUAUUUCUUGUGUUUUUUUUUGCAAUUUACUAAACAAUUAUGAAUUUGGUUUUAGUGUUGAAUAAAAGACAUCAAGUGAUAAGGCAAUGACGUUUGACUGAGAGAAAAAAUAAAGGUGGCUCCGCGCUGACAGCAGAACUUCUCAAAGGAUCAUCAAAAGUAAAAAAWAAGGAAAUAACUAAAACCAUAAACUAGCGUAACGGUUAUAACACAUUCCAGCAACUAUAGACAUACAAUAUAAUAUAGACAACAAAAUCAAUACACAUACACGCGAUUUCGCGCAGCAAGCACAUAAACACACACAUACAUACACAACUAGCAAAUAUACGCCAAUUUAUCGAGCAGACAAACUUUCAUGCCAUGAAAAUGCCGCAAACCGAAGAUGAGGUUAAUGAAAAGAUUUACGAUCAUCGCAUCAUGCCGGAUUGGUCGAAUGUAGUCAACGAAACAAAUGGCACAAUGCACUACUCGAAGGAUAUGAUCUUCAAUGAUGGACAUCGACUCUCCAUAACAGUUUACAGCAUCCUGCUUGUGCUCUCGUCGAUUGGCAAUUCAACAGUGCUGUAUUUGAUCGUGAAGCGACGCUGGCACAAUCGUACGCGCAGUCCGUCCCGCAUUGAUAUUAUGUUGAUGCAUUUGGCCAUUGCUGAUUUGAUGGUGACUUUCCUGUUAAUGCCGCUGGAGAUAGCGUGGGCGUAUACGGUGCAAUGGCGUUCCACCGAUUUUGUCUGUCGCACAAUGAGCUUUUUCCGCGUGUUCGGCCUGUAUUUGUCGAGUUUUGUGCUAGUCAGCAUAUCGAUAGAUCGAUAUUAUGCCAUUUUAAAACCGUUGAAAUUCUCAACAAAUCGCGGUCGCAUUAUGCUGGCAAUUGCAUGGAUCGCGUCGGUGAUCUGCAGUACACCGCAGGCAUUCAUAUUCCAUUUGGAGCAGCAUCCCAAAGUGAAGGGAUACUACCAAUGCGUUGCAUUCCAUUCCUUUCCCACCGAACUGCAUAAACUAAUCUAUCAGAUCUCGAAUAUGUGCGCCAUGUAUGCCUUUCCAUUGGUCACAUUCAUCUAUUGCUAUGGCCGCAUCUAUUUGGAGAUCUAUCGCAAGAGUAAGCGCAUGGUUAAGGGUGAUGACAAAAAUGGUUUCGCCCGCUUCCGACGCUCCAACGAUGAUGUGCUCGGACGCGCUAAAAAGCGUACACUUAAAAUGACUAUAACCAUAGUGAUCGUAUUUGUGAUCUGCUGGACGCCAUACUAUAUAAUGUGUUUGUGGUUUUGGCUUGAUAAGCCUUCUGCAGAUAAUGUGAAUCCGCUAUUGCGUAAAAUACUCUUCAUAUUCGCAUGCACGAACUCGUGUAUGAAUCCGUUGGUGUAUGGCGUGUUCAAUAUACGAGGCAAGGCGAAUAAUAAUAAUACGUCUGUUCAUAAUCGGCACACAUCACUCUCGAGUGGCGGUCGCAUGGCUAUGAAAGAACGUAACGGCAGUGCACAUACUGUUGUCACAUUACCAGCGGURAUCAAUGGCAGCAAUGGUGACACCAGCAAUGUUACACAAAGCACCACACUCUCAAAUGAUAUAUUCACCAUAUCGAAAAUCGCAGAAGAUAUUGAAAAAGAGAAGCCACCAAAGAUUAUAAUAAGUGACUCCAUUGAAUUUUCACAUAUGCCACAGUYGCAAUGAACUUUGUAUGAAUUUAAGUGAUAUCGAAAGGAAUAAUCGCGCGAUUGGCUAAAUGCACGAAAAAUGGGGCAAUUUUUACUCGCACAUAUCUUCAUAAAUACAAUACAUACAUACCUAUGUAUGUAUGCACCACAUAUGUGUGCAUACAAUUAAGUUAUUUUGUACCUUCAAUAUAAAAACAUAAGGAAAUUUUAUUCGAAGCUGUGUGUCGCCUAUUAGAUCACAUAAAGCAUUUGAGUAUGUGUCUGCAUAUAUUGCGGAGGGUCUCUUUUAUAUUGCCCGCUGAUUAUACUUUUGCUCAAACUUAAUUAUAUUGUACGCUAGUUGUGGGUUAAGUAAAUUAUAUACACACCUAUCCGUUAUGGUUGGAUAUGCUGAAGAUGCCUACUGAGUUAUGCUAAUUAUCUAGUGUUAAGACGUCUGUUUGCAUGUGUUUUUGUAGUAGUAGCUGUUUUGCUGGAGUUUGUAGUAGUUUAAGCUUGAACUUAAUUUAAUUUAUUCAUAAUAAAUUUUGGAAAAAAUAUACAACAAAAAACAAGAAUGAUAUUAAGUUAUUUCCAAUCAAAUUGAAAUGAA